GCAAGAGUUUCGAUUAGACCCGCUUCUUCACUUCACACACACUCAUCUUCCCGGCGUUGUCGAGCAUCACAGGCGUUCUAUAUCACCAAACAAGCAUCUCAGCAUCGGUGGACUCCAACACAACAAAAAUGGGUCCAAAUUACUUCUCAUGCCGCUAUCAUUGCACUAGAUUCACGUUGAAGGGACUGCACGAAGAACGUGGAACGGGGGCUGCACGGCGUGUCAUCUCGGCUCUUUUGACGGCGGGCGUUUUUCGAACAAUGGCGUUUCUCCUCUUGUCUUUCGUUUGUCGCCACACCCAAGAGCUGGACGUGUGGGCGUCGACAUUCACUUUACCCUUCUACUUUGAUACCACAAAUUUCCAUACACUCAAUUUCCCCGCCUGUCCAUAGCUAUGUACAUAGCGCUCCGCCUCCGGCGUAGAGCCGGGCAGAUGACGGGCUCAGUGGUCUUGGAUGACCUCCAUGUAUCC